CCCUCUGGCUUCCGUUCGCUCUUGUUUCUUUUCUUUACCCCUUCGGUUUGUGUCUCCGUCGAGGCGCGCGAUCGGGGUACGAGACGAUGGACGCGGAGCUGGUGGAGCUGCAGAGGCAGUUGGAGUCGGCGCAGCAGGCGCGGUCGAGCGUGCGCCUCUCGGAGCGCAACGUAGUCGAGCUCGUCCACAAGCUCCAGGAGCGACGCUUCCUCGACUUCGACCUACUCCACACCGUCUCCGGAAAAGAAUACAUCACCCCCGAUCAGCUGAGGCUGGAAAUUGAGACGGAGAUCAGGAAACGGGGUCGCGUUUCUUUGAUCGAUCUAUCUGAUGUCAUUGGGGUGGAUCUGUACCACGUCGAGAGGCAAGCGCAGAAGAUCGUCGCAGAUGAUCCGAAGCUUAUGCUGAUCAAUGGAGAGAUUAUCUCGCAGUCGUAUUGGGAUUCGGUGGCGGAGGAGAUCAACGAGAAACUGCAGGAGUGUAGUCAGAUCUCGUUGGCUGAGAUCGCCGCUCAGUUGCAUAUCGGAUCGGAGUUGGUGGUGACUGUUCUGCAACCUCGACUUGGUACUCUUGUGAAAGGGAGACUUGAAGGUGGACAAUUAUACACUCCAGCAUAUGUUUCACGGAUUACUGCUAUGGUUCGUGGUGCUGCGAGGGCUAUAACCGUGCCAACUCAUUUGUCAACUGUUUGGAACUCGAUGCAGCAACUGCUCCAAGAUAUGGACGGGGCUAGUGGUGUGUCUGUGGAAGAUUCUUUCUUUCAGUCCAUAUUCAAUGGACUGCUGAAGGAGGGGGAGAUUCUUGGAUCGCUCCGUGCAGGAGUACAAUGGACCCCACUUGUUUUUGCCCAUGCUCAACGGGAGAGUGUGGAUUCCUUCUUUUCACAGAAUUCUUACAUCAGCUACGAAGUCCUUCUCAAACUAGCGCUUCCUCAGCCCAAACAGUAUUUGCAGUCCAGAUAUCCUGAGGGCAUUCCACUAGAUGGUGUUUUUGUCCAUCCUUCAAUGGUUGAGAUGUUAGAUGCUGCUGUAGGGGACGCUGUUGAGCAUGGUAACUGGAUUGAUUGCCUUUCAGUUCUGCCGGCAUUUAUUGCAGGCCAAGAUGCAUCUAAAAUGUUGUCAUUGUGUCCAUCUAUACAGAAGGCUAUCAAGUCUUCUACUGCAGUGAUAUUGGGGGACACGUGUGUAUUCAGUAAUAAUUUUAUUAAGGGUAUUUUUGAACAAUUGGAGAAAGAGAUGGAUGCAUUUACCCAUGCCAGUCAAGGGCUGGAUCUGCAUUCAGCCAGUGUGCCUAAAGUGGGACCCGGUUCUAGCCAGCGCUUAGAGUCAAAAGAGCAGGCUGAUGACGAGGACAGUAAUAUAAGUGCUUCAGAAGAACGACCGAAGAAGAAAAGAGGAAAACCAACCAAAGCAAGCACAGUGGAAAAGGAUAGUGACAGCCUGGACAGUAUGCCAAAUAAAGGCAAGAAAAAUCAGAGGAAAAACAAGGAUUCAAGCUCAUUUGUUUCUUCUGAUGCAAAAGUUGGUUCUACUAAAAGUUCGGAUAAGGCCAAAGAGAACAAAUCAAAUGCUCCAUCUGAGGAGUGGAUGAUGCAGAGAGUUUUGAAUUUGGCCCCUGAAUUGGAAGAAGUGGGAGGUUCUGAAGACCCCUAUGCAGUGCCAAGGCAAUUGUGCGCCCAUUUGAGGCCGAUGCUUCUCGACUCAUGGACGAAGAGAAGAAAGACGAUGCUUUCAGAGAAUGCCGAGAGGAGAAGGCGCUUGCUAGAUAAUUUGCAAAAACAGCUAGAUGAGGCUGUACUUGAUUUGCAGCUGCAUGAGAAAGCACUGGAUCUUUAUGAGGAUGAUCCUUCGACUUCUACUAUCUUACACAAGCAUCUGCUGAAAACAAUGGGCACUCCCAUUGUAGAUAAAAUUCUUCUGACACUGGACAUGGAUAACAAAUUGAAGAAUGGAAUAGAAGUUGAGGAUAAACCAAAUCUGCCCGAGUCAUUGAGUUCUGCUGAUCGUCUUUCUCUGGCAAAGGGUUUGCCUGGAUCAUUAUCACUUAAGGCUCAAGCUGUAGUAGAGGCUCUAGAGGGGAAGCGAGUUGAUACAUUCAUGACUGCAUUAAGAGCCCUGGCAGAGGAAAGUGGCUUGCUAUUCAAGAAGCUUGAUAAAAAGUUGGAGAGGACAAUGUUGCAUUCUUAUCGUAAGGAUUUGGCAUCACAAGUUUCUUCAGAGACUGAUCCAGUUGUGCUCCUGCCAAAGGUUGUUGCUCUACUUCAUAUGCAGAUAUACAACAAGCCUCUUCAGGCACCCGGAAGAGCCAUAUCUGCUGUUGUCUCACGAUUGAAGGAUAAAUUACCUGAGUCGACGCAUAAGGUCUUGAAUGAUUAUCACAGUGCUACGGUUACUCUCUUAGCAUUGCAAGCUGCUGCAACUGGAGACGAAGACGACUGCUCAUACGACAGGAUAUUAACCAAAAAAGAGUACUUGGAAAGCUUGAUGCCGCAACUGAAAGAGUUAGUCUUGGGUACAGCAAAUUCUUGAGCUCGAUUUCCCAGUAUAUCCUAAACUGAGUGAGGCCUCCAUCACUUGGUGACACCUUUUUGCCUAGACUCGGUGGUGACCCAUUCAGGCACCUGAUCAACUUUCUAUAAUUAACAAAGGUGGGAGUGGCCUAGAGUGAAGUGAGUUUUAAGUUAAAUGAGGAUGUAAUUAUUGGCGGUUAUAGAUCUCUAAAGGGUUUUAGAUUCUCACACAAUUGAUGUUGUUUAAAGUUAAUGGAGAAUGUAAUUAUAUGCUGUUGUAGGACUAUUACAUUUUUUUUCGACUUUUACACUUGACCUUGUUGAUACUUGUGCUAAUUAAAAGAUACCUAAUCGUUUGUAUCGCACAAGAUCGACCUGAACUGCGUUAACUAGAAAGAUACUAUUCGCUGGUAUAGUUCGAAGCAGUAAAUUUCGUUGA